UGUAUAAGUUAAUUUGUUUAUUUACAAUUGGACGUUACUAGUGAGAAAAGUUGUGUAAAUUUUUCGCACUGUCGGUUUUUAUCCCAACUGUCAGUUUUUAUCGGUUUUAUCCUUUUGAUCGUUCAAGGUUAUUAGUGUUCAACAAUUAGUAUCUAACCGGACGGACUAACAGCUGGGGCUCAGGACCGCCAGGUUGACCGUCUGGGAAAGGCAGUCCGACGUAAACUUUCAAAAAUGCCGCUUUUCGGGAAAAAGGAUUCAAACAAAAAACUUAAAAAGGAUGGCAAGGAUGACAAAUCGCCCUCCAUCGAUGACAAGUACACGCUUAAAGAAUUACUCGGAACGGGAGCUUUUUCGGAGGUAAGAUUGGCUGAGAGUAAAGAAAGACCUGGCGACUUGUAUGCAGUAAAAAUCAUCGACAAAAAAGCGCUCAAAGGAAAGGAAGAUUCUUUAGAAAAUGAAAUUAAAGUUUUACGAAGGUUCAGUGAAUCAGUGACACAGAGUGGUAAUGGGUCGCUCAAGUCGGAUAGUAGUGGCGAGAAAGAAUGGUUAACACAUCCUAAUAUUGUUCGAUUAUUGGAAACGUUUGAAGAUAAACAUAAAGUUUACCUAAUAAUGGAAUUAGUUACCGGAGGUGAAUUAUUUGAUAGAAUUGUAGAAAAAGGUUCCUAUACAGAGAAAGAUGCGUCAGAUUUGAUAAGACAAGUUCUCGAAGCUGUGGAUUAUAUGCACGAGCAAGGAGUUGUACAUAGAGAUCUGAAGCCGGAAAAUCUUCUCUAUUACAGUCCAGAUGAAGAUAGUAAAAUAAUGAUUAGCGAUUUUGGUCUAUCAAAAAUGGAGGACUCUGGAAUAAUGGCCACAGCAUGUGGCACUCCCGGUUAUGUAGCUCCCGAAGUGUUGGCGCAAAAACCUUACGGCAAAGCAGUGGAUGUCUGGAGUAUAGGUGUCAUCUCAUAUAUCCUAUUGUGCGGGUACCCUCCUUUCUAUGACGAAAAUGACGCCAAUCUCUUUGCUCAGAUUCUAAAAGGUGAAUUUGAAUUCGAUUCUCCAUACUGGGACGAUAUCAGCGACUCUGCUAAGGACUUCAUAAGUAGACUUAUGUGUGUCAACGUGGAAGAGCGCUAUACAUGCAAACAAGCCCUAGCGCAUCCUUGGAUAUCUGGAAAUGCGGCUAGCAAUAAAAAUAUCCAUGGCUCCAUAGGAAAGACUCCCUGUUGUCUCAUGGUUGCAGCAAGCAUAUCACGCGGCCACGGUCAUCAGGCAGAUGCAACGAUUGGCCCUCAACAGCGGACAUCAGCAGCACGGACCAGGGUCGACAGGCCGCUCUACCGGCAACCUCACACCGCAGCCGGACAGAACAUCGGGACCACCGACCAAUUGCAAUUGAAGAUUAAUUCCGAGCCACCGACAACAACAGCAACAACACUAUCAAAUUUGGUGGCUGCAAUUCCUCCUUUCCAAGGCGCUACCAGCUCACCGCUUUACUUGCGCAAUAAACGCUUCAAACUUUGGGGGAAUACCAGAACUGCUCUGUCGACUCUCUUUCAAUCGAACGUCUCAUAUCUCAGGAGACAACGAAAGCAUAAAAAGAGCUGAACACAACAAGCUCUUACGUAUGUAUUAUACGGAAAGUCAUGUUACGAAUAAAUUUACACUCUCCGAAGAGUUGAUGAUAUACGUAAACAAAAUCUACUCAACACUCGAGUAGCUUAGCGAGAAAUAAAUCAUCUUUCCUUAUCAGGCGCGAAAUAGAGACAAAGACACGAGACUCUUGCCAAUUGCGACAAAUAGAACGGUAUAGCUAGUAAUAUGCUAAUUUUGAAAAAGAAUCAAAAAUUAUAUCAUAGUACUGAGAGGCAUUUAUUUUCCAGGAAGAAAUAAAUGAUAACGAGAAAAAAAAGCAGUCUAUGUUUCAGCAGCUAAGAGAAAUUCAUGAAAUUCUCUCGAAUCUUUUUUUAAUAUUUUUUGUUUUUCUUUGGGUUUAGAUUUUAUUUUGUUAUUUUUCUCCAUUUUGUUUACUCUUUAACAUUUUUAUCAAGUUAUAAGAAUCAUUAUAUAGAAAGUUUCUGCACGGUGAAACGUCAAAUUAAUUUUUGAUGGUAUUAUAUGAAAUUCAAUGUUAAUUGCAGUUAUUUAUUGAUCGUGAGAGAUACAGAUACAUAUUGCGUAUUCGAUUAAACAGUCUUAUGCAGGAGUAACUGUUAUUUUUAGAACUCGAAUAUUGGUAGAUAGAAAACAAGGUAAAAGGAAUAAUAUUGUUUGUGCUCACACCGGUCUCUGUUCCUUAGUUUUUAUUUUAGAAAAAAGAUCGAAAAAGACAGAAAAGACUACAAUCAACUCUGUGAUGUAAACAUUCUAUAGAUUUUUAAUUAUUUAUCUCUGACUUUAAAAAAAGUUUGAAACAAUCUCCAAAAUAUGUAAAACAUUGUGAUACUGAUAAUAGACAAGAAUUAAACAAUCAAUAGGUUAAAACUCUUUUUUUAAUUUUUCUUUUUCAAUUAAAAAUUAAUACAGAGCUAAUAUCUUUAUCUAUUAAUUCUAAUAAUUUGAAAUAGAUUUAUUGAAAUCAAAAAUAAAUGUAUGUCAGUGUGUUUAGAGUACCUGAAAUGCUAUUAGGUAUAUAGUAUGUAAAUAAGCUCUCUAAUUUUUCAGUUUUAUAAAAGAAAUAUAAAUGAGAUGACAAAGUGUAAAAAGUGACAAAACUUAGGAUCUGAGGGAAACAUUAGUUUAGGGUCUUUUUGAUAGAGACAAUAAAUGUUCUCGUAUUCUUUUUUUCCCGUCGAAGAAAAUGAUUAUUUUUUCGAUUUUUUCACAAAUAGCGUAUAUUUCCGGGACCAGAAUCUCUUAUAAACUGUAUGUCAUUGAAUGUUCUCAAUUUUCUUACUCUUUUUAUUCGCUCAGUAAGAAAAUGAAAACAAAUGAUUUUAGAAAUUUGAUAUUAUACGAGUGUGCAUACAUUUAUUUUUGAUUUCAAAAUUGCGAUUAUUUUUUUUUAAAUCUAUAAACAUAUCGAAAUAUGUAAAUGUUUAACAAUUAUUUGAUUUAUAUUUUGACCCAUUUCGUUUCGAACGGAUUAGUAAAUGCGCAGUAUUAAAUUUUAUCGUAGUUAAAAAUUCAGUUUAUUACGUAUUAUUGCAUAGAAAUUAAAUCUUGGGAUUUAUUCUGAAAAUUAAUUCUUAGAAA